CCACGUGUCUACUUUGAGGCCGGUUGGGAUACUCUCGCCGUAGCGUGAUUGAUCAUUCGAUUGCGUGGAAUCAGCUGUGCGGAGAACGAGCGGGUUUCUUUGAGAUGCUUUGACAGUGACAGUCGCAAUGGAUAAAAGCAACACAAAUUUCGUUUCGCCUUUCAUCGACAGGGAUUGUCAUAAGAUGGCAGCCGCCCCAGCUCACGGAUAUGCAAAAACUCUGAAAGGAAUUUUAGCUGGUGGAAUAACUGGCGGGUUGGAGAUCUGUAUCACGUUUCCCACAGAAUACGUUAAAACCCAGUUGCAACUGGAUGAGAGGGCUGGAGUGGAGAAGCGAUUCAAAGGACCGAUAGACUGCGUGAAGGUCACUGUCAAAGAACAUGGCAUCCGCGGGCUGUACAGGGGUCUCAACGUGUUGUUGUACGGCUCAAUACCAAAAUCAGCUGUCAGGUUUGGUGCUUUUGAAGAGUUUAAAAAGAAUAUUGUAGAUGAAACCGGUGUUUUAAAACCACAACAGAGAAUGUUAUGUGGUUUAGGUGCUGGGGUGUGUGAGGCAAUCCUGGCGGUCACACCAAUGGAGACUGUCAAAGUGAAGUUCAUCCACGACCAGUCAUCGGCUCACCCUCACUACCGGGGCUUCGCUCAUGGCAUCAAGUGCAUCGUCCACGAGAACGGUUUACGUGGUGUAUAUCAGGGAUUGACCCCGACAAUUAUAAAACAGGGCAGUAACCAAGCGAUUCGAUUCUUCGUCAUGGAGACGAUGAAGGACUGGUACCGGGGUGAGGACAAGAGUGCGCGAGUUCCCACGCUCGUCACCGGUCUAUUCGGCGCUAUUGCUGGAGCAGCAUCUGUGUUCGGAAACACGCCGAUUGACGUCAUCAAAACAAGAAUGCAGGGAUUGGAAGCUUCCAAAUACAAGAAUAUGUUUGACUGCGCUGUACAGAUUUUUAAACUGGAAGGUCCCAAAGCAUUUUACAAAGGAACUGUUCCAAGACUGAGUCGGGUAUGUUUAGAUGUCGCCAUCACAUUUAUGAUCUACGAUAACUUCAUGCAUUUAUUCAACCAAAUUUGGAAGACCGACUGAUGAUUAGAGUGAUUGCUGUUUUCACUGUUGUGAAAUCCUGAUGAAGUUUUAUCCAGUUGAGAAUCAUCAUCAUCGUCAUCAUCAUGGUCAUCAUUCCAUGUAACCAAGUCUACAAGAAGAGUACAGCUAAUUAUUUAUUAUUCUGUUAACUAGGGUCUGUUCCUGAAAUUACCAUAGGGUGGAGUGGUAGUGGUGGAGAGAAAUGUGUUCCAGUAGGACAAAAUUAAAUCAGUUAGGUGUCAUUCAUAUUUAACAAGAAGUGCACAAUCUGUACUAUUUUUUGGUAACACCCUACCCCUUUUUAAGGCAUACAUAAAUGUUUUUGAUUUUAUAUGAAAUAUUUUAACAUCUGUUUGUAUUUAAAGGCAUAUACCCCACAUCAUUAUACAGUUUGUACACAGUGAAAACAAUUAAUACUUGUGAAUGACCAUUAAUUAAUUAAUUAAAGGUUAACUUCAUAAUAAAGUAAAAUUAACACAAACAAAAAUGUUUUAGAGAAGUUGUAUUCAAAUAUCAGGAUAUGACAUGCAUGUAUGUUUUCAUUUGCUAUAAAGGCUAUAUCAAUUUUAUAAAUAUUAUUAAAAAACCUGCAUUGAAAAUGCUUUAUUCAUUACAUGAUUUCAUUUGUGAUCAUCGUGACCUGAAAUUAACUUGUCUAUGACGCACAAGUUAACUUUAAGCGCUAAAUUUAUUUUAAAACAUUUUUUGAAGAUCAGGGGUAGGAAUUCUCCUCGGAUCAGCUGUUUUCCUCUCAUGGAACAUUGCGUUUCCUCGCAUUUUAAUCGUCCUUUCCUCCAAAAUGUGUCAGAUGGCACAGAUUUUAACCUAGGAUUGCAAGAAUAUCCGGGACCCCUCUAGAUUUCCUCUUGUUUACAGUUCAGCAUUCCCAGCCCUGGAAGAUACUAGUAUAUAAAAAAUAUAAUACUACAUUUCUGUCUUAGAUACCAAUUUUUUUUACAACUCGUUGUUUAAAACCAUAUCUAACUCGCUUUCACUCGUUGGAUACAUGUUUAAAGAACUCCAUGUAAAAUAAACAGUAUCUAAUGGACACAAAUGUAGUAUUCUCUAUUUAAACAGUAUAAAGCUGAUGGUAAAUAAUUGUGUAUUGUAAAGUUAACCUUUAAAACCAACAAUGUGAGAGCUGCAUCCAGCUGUGAUAAUGUGUGGCUUGUUCUCCCUCCCUCCACCCUCUGUGAUCGGUUCGAACACAGCCCUAAAACACAUCAUUAUAUCUUGUUUGCUUUUUCUUUUCCUGACGUUCUUUGAAAAAUAGUAUGUACCUGUAUAUAACAUCAUAAAUCUGUUGUAUUAUGAUGUUGUAAAUAAGUUAAUAAUGUUUAAAAAACACUGAGCUGAUGUUAAACUUUACUGUAAUAAUAAUAAAAACAAAGGUCAUGGGUGUCCACUGUACUGGUACUAUUCUAGGGUGCUUUGGGAGGGGUGGGUGCUUGUAGUGGGGAUAGAUAAUCACUACAAUCAAAUUUGGUAAAUAUAAUAUUUUAGUGGUUGGUUUGAAGUUUGCUGCAGGUACAUUACCAUAGUGUACAAUAAAUUCCACACAUCAAGUUUUACACAUUUUGUAAUAUUUUAAUUUUUUUUAUACACUUUGGAUCAUUUUGUACAACCCUUGUUUCCAACCCCCUCCAUUUCCUCCAAGCUGUAGCAGUUCCCAUGGUAUUCAAGAGUUCAUGACCAUAACAAAUAGUAAUAUGAGAAAAACCACUGUAAAUAUACUGUAUGGUACAUUAAUAUGUGAAAAAAACACCAUUUUGUUAAAGCAUUCAAUAUUUGAAACAAAACACUAAAUUCUAGUAUGAUGAAGACAUUUUACACAUUAAAACACAGUGUGUUUGGCAUCUUUUGUUUAUGUUAUGUUACUCGAAUCAUCAAUAAAAAUACAUGUAUUUGCACUGGAAACCUUGUUAUGAUGCUGUGGUAUCUGUGAUUUAUAGAAUUAAAAGCCAUGAAGUUUAAAUUUAAAAUGCAUUAUUAAAACUUUGAGACAAGACUUUAAAAGUGUCAGGGCAUGGGGGCUAAUCUUACUGGGAGAACUGGACGUGUGUUAUGUCAGCAGUGUUUGUAUAACUGUGUUAUUACAGUGGUCAAUACCCAAUGGCCACAGUAUGUUCAGGUCUCAUCAUACAUUCCUUUUAUUUUUCAAAAUAUUACUAUAAUAUAGAUAUAAAAACCCAUUACUCCUGUAUAUACAUCAAAUAACACCUGGUAUUCAGUAAAUAUUACUAUAAUAUAGAUAUAAAAACUCAUUACUCCUGUAUAUACAUCAAAUAACACCUGGUAUUCAGUAAAUAUUACUAUAAUAUAGACAUAAAAACCCAUUACUCCUGUAUAUACAUCAAAUAACACCUGGUAUUCAGUAAAUAUUACUAUAAUAUAGAUAUAAAAACCCAUUACUCCUGUAUAU